CCCUGCACGCGGCAACAUGCCCGAGCUAGUGGUGACAGCGCUCCUGGCGCCGUCGCGCCUCACGCUCAAGCUGCUACGCGCCUUGAUGUGGAGCCUGGUAUACUCCGCCGCGCUGUUGGCCGCGGCGGUGUACGGCUGCAUCGCACUGACCCACGUGCUGUGCCGGCCGCGACGCGGCUGCUGCGGGCGCCCCCGGCGCGUAGCCCCCGCAUGCUUGAAAGACCCCUCGCUAGGCGAGCACGCCUUCCUGACCCUCAAGAGCUCGGGCCUGCGCCUGCACUAUGUCUCCGCGGGACGCGGCAACGGGCCCCUCAUGCUGUUCCUGCACGGCUUCCCUGAAAACUGGUUCUCCUGGCGCUACCAGCUCCGGGAGUUCCAGAGCCGCUUCCACGUCGUGGCUGUGGACCUGCGUGGCUACUGGCCCUCUGAUGCCCCGCAGGACGUGGACUGCUAUACCACUGACCUGCUGAUGGCCGACAUCCGGGAUGUGAUCAUGGGUCUGGGUUACUCCAAGUGCAUCCUCGUGGGCCACGACUGGGGCGCACUCCUGGCCUGGAAUUUCUCCAUCUACUACCCAGCACUGGUGGAACGGAUGGUGGUGGCCAGUGCCGCCCCCAUGUCUGUGUACCAAGACUACGCCUUGCGCCACAUCAGCCAGUUAUUCCGUUCUCACUAUGUGUUCCUGUUCCAGCUUCCCUGGCUGCCUGAAAAGUUGCUGUCCAUGUCUGACUUCCAGAUCCUGAAGACCACCUUCACUCACCGCAAGACGGGCAUGCCACACUCUACCCCCAGUGAGCUUGAGGCCUUCCUCUACAGCUUCACACAGCCUGGUGGCCUCGUUGGGCCCCUCAAUUAUUACCGCAACAUCUUCAGGAACUUCCCCUUGGAGCCCCAGGAGCUGUCCACACGCACACUGCUGUUAUGGGGGGAGAAGGAUACCUACUUGGAGGCAGGGCUGGUGGGCGCCAUUGGCAGCCGCUUUGUGCCAGGCCGGCUGGAGGCUCACAUCCUGCCAGGUGUGGGGCACUGGGUCCCGCAGAGCAACCCCGAGGAGAUGCACCAGUAUAUGUGGGCCUUCCUGCAAGACCUGCUGGACUAGUGGCCCUCGCU